GCCGGGGUCAUUUCAGAAGAGAUUGGCCAAAGUCUGCUGGAGCCAAAAGACCAGGUCUCCCAACUCACCAUCCUCCUUGAUUCUGCCAAGUUGGAGAUCAAUGACCGGGCAGAAAGGGAGAGGAGACUUGAGGAAGAGUUGAAGGAAGAAAGGGCCCGGUUUGCCCUUGUGGAGGAGGAAAGGAAGAGAAAGAUCGCCGAGCUCGAGGAUGCGCUGGGCCAGGCUGAAGAAUCUGCCCGGGCAAAGGAGGAGGCCUUUCCCUCUGAAGCUGCUGACUGGGCUGCGUGCCAUCACACGGAGGUUGCCCGGUCCCUUCUCACUACCCCGGAGGAAACCAUGGACUUUUUCAAAGUCAUGUAUCAAGAGCCAGAGGGGAAGAGGAUGAUAACGGAGAUAGGGUCUUAUGGAUUCCAGUGUGGCCAGAAAGAUGAGAGGUCUCUUCUCUAUGCCAGACUUCUGAAGAGGGACCCUUCCUUUGACCCGGCCAAGAUGAAGCUUCCGGCUCUAUACAAUGAAGAGCCGGCUCCCCCCUUUCCCCUUUCCCCUAGAAUAGGUUAGGGCUUGACAAUUUUAAAAACUUUGAAUUUUCCCAAGGCCUGGGGGAUGUCCGGCCUACUUCUGACUUGUUUAAUAUUGUCUUUUGUUUGGCAUGGUUUUCAAUUUACCGGCUUGUUUCUUCUUUCAGUUUGCAUGGUUGUCCUUUUCUAUGCAUGGUUAUUGCUUUUCUUUUCUUCUUCUUGAUCGCCUUUGAAUGAACUUCCAAGUCAAUA